ACACAAAGGGGGGCAGACGGACGAAGACAACAGUGGACGGAGGAGUGUCGUGCUCGAGGUACGCGAGCUUGAGAAAGAGUGGGAGGGAGCGAGGGGAAUAGAGUAGUUUAGAGUGUAUCAAAGUAGCGAUAGAGAGGGAGCGAUAGAGGGAAAGAAAGGGGAAGGCAUGCGCGAUCCGUGGCCGUGGUAGUGGUGCACAGUGCGGUGCAGUCUCGUCGACGGCCAGAGAGACAGGACAGAAUACGUCGUGGCGUGUGGGCUCGGCUCGGCUCAGCUCGGCUUGUCUCGACUCGGCUCGCGAUUCCUUCCCGCAUCCGUUAUGACGGUACAGUGAUCCAGCGCUAGGCGCUGCACGUCCGGGCAUCGUCUCCCUUCUCGGCGAGGAGAGAGAAAGAGAGAGAGAGAGGGUAAGAGAGAGAGAAAGAGACAGAAAGGGAGAACACGACGCGCUAUCUCGCGCAACUCGGCGCACCCUUCUCGCGUUCGCGUGGAAAAAGCCGUAGAGGUAACGCGACGGCGAUGGAGGCGCGACGCAGUCCGCGAGUUUGACCGCUAGACGGCCCUCCUCCGGCAUACUCGAGGAUCUCCCUCGGCUCGCCGCUGGACACGGACUCUCCCAGUAGGUGUGCUCGCGCGCGGCCAUGUGCCGCGCCGUCACCGCGCCCGCUCCGCGUGUGUUUCCUCCCUGCGGAUCGUCGCCGUCGUCGUCGACGUCGCGGUCGGUUGAGUGUUUUGUUGCGUAGUCAGUCAGUCAAUCGGUCGGUUGGUCGGUCUCACGACUGAUUGGUGCUCUUCGUUUCGGAUGCCUCGUCGGUGUGUUGGUGCGACGAGUGAACAACAAGGAGCCCACGACUGUUCCCCUUUCUCCGCCCUUGUAUUUUUGCGUGGCUCAUAUUAGCGAGCUGUGUGGAAGAUAUCGCGAGGAAGAAGGGAGAUAGAUAUAUAGAGAGAAAGACAGAGCGAGCGAGAGAGAAAAAGAAAAGGAGGUGGCAGUUGAAGGAAAAAGAGAGCAAGAACGAGCAAGCGAGGGUCGCUAGACGGCAUACUCGGUCGUCGCGGAGUUCGGUGUCGGUGCUCUCCGCGAGCUCUCCGAUCAGCGGACGGGAGAGCGAGCGAGGCAGGCGUAGGUAGAAAGAGAGAGUGACAGAGAGGACAAGACAACUCGAGAGGGAGCGCGAGUGGCGUAUCAAGAUGGCGCAUAAUUUGGCACCGAGCGUCAACUGCUCGCUCGACGACAUUGACCUGAACGCUCUGAAGGAACCCGCUGGAAUCUUCGAGCUGAUAGAAGUGGUCGGCAAUGGAACAUACGGCCAAGUUUACAAGGGUCGGCACACCAAGACCGGUCAGCUGGCGGCUAUCAAGGUCAUGGACGUCACGGAGGACGAGGAGGAAGAGAUAAAGUUGGAAAUAAAUGUACUCAAGCGGUACUCGAAUCAUAGAAAUAUAGCUACGUAUUACGGUGCCUUCGUGAAGAAGUCAUCACCCGGCAAAGACGAUCAAUUAUGGCUGGUUAUGGAGUACUGCGGAGCUGGCUCCGUUACGGAUCUCGUCAAGUCAACCAAGGGCCAGAGCUUGAAGGAGGAGUGGAUAGCCUAUAUCUCGCGCGAAAUACUGAGAGGACUUAGUUAUCUUCAUAGCAAUAAAGUUAUUCAUAGGGACAUUAAGGGGCAAAAUGUUCUGUUGACUGACAACGCGGAAGUCAAACUCGUCGAUUUUGGUGUCAGCGCACAAUUGGAUAGAACGAUAGGUAGAAGAAAUACGUUCAUCGGCACGCCGUACUGGAUGGCUCCGGAAGUUAUCGCUUGCGACGAGAAUCCAGACGCGACUUAUGACAAUAGGAGCGACCUUUGGUCGCUCGGAAUUACCGCUUUAGAAAUGGCUGAAUCACAACCUCCGCUCUGCGAUCUUCAUCCCAUGAGAGCAUUGUUUCUGAUCCCUCGUAAUCCACCACCGAGGCUCAAGUCGAAAAAAUGGGCCAAAAAGUUUCACGGAUUUAUCGAAACGGUGCUGGUGAAGGAUUACCACCAGAGACCCUACACGGAACAGCUUCUCAAACAUCCAUUCAUACGGGACCAACCAACGGAGAGACAAGUCAGAAUACAACUGAAAGAUCACAUCGAUCGCUGUAAAAAGCGCAAACAGGAGAAAGAAAGAGACGACUAUCGAUACAGCGGUAGUGAAAAUGAAGAGGAUGAACCCGCAUUGGCAGGCGAACCGUCGUCCAUCGUUCAAGCACCCGGCGGCGAUACGUUGCGCCGUAACUUUCAGCAGAUUCAGGAGGGCAGGACUCUAACGCAGGAUGUACCUCCUCAAGCGCCCUCCGCUAAAGAAAAACCGGGCAGCAGAUUGCAGAGAGAGGUUCCGGAACCUGGGCCACCCGCGAGACCUGCUAUACCGCACAGACUCAUAGUGGUACCAGAUCCCCAACCACCGUCUCGUCCAUUACCUCCGACACCCAGAGACGAUCCUCGGCAACCGCACAAAGUAUCCACGCCGCCUUCUAAUCAUCAGACACCUGCCGGAGGAGGGGGAGGUAGCGGAGGAUCCGGCGGGCAACCGGCGCCUCAGAGGAACAGUCAUGUCUUCAAGCCUAUGCUGCCGCCGAGGAGGCCAGAGGACUUGGACAUGCUGGCUGCUCAACUCAACGAGCUUGGUGUGUCACAGGGCCCCGAGGCCCCGCCGAGGCCAAACAGGCAGCAUAAGGGCCCUGCAGCAUCGUCUACGUCGAAUUCGGUGCAGCCCGCAGGUGGUAACGAUCAGAACAACAAACAGAUGCCGCAAUCCUCCAGUAUUCUCGAUCAAGCCCUGUCGAUCGAUAGUGACAGUGACGACGAUCUGGAAGACGCUGGAGGAAACAAUCUGAGAAACGACGGAACUUUGUUGGCCAGUGAUCCACCUAAGCCACUUCCCGAAUUUUCUCCUUUCAGACCGUCGUCGGACUCGUCAUCGUCGUCUUCGCACAAUGCUCAAAACUCCCACCACGAAGACAAGCCAAAGGGAGGAGCACCGAAUCGCCCGCUCCCACCGACCCCCGAUGAGGAAGAAUCGGGAGACCGUACGCUAGUCAUGAAACGAAAACUUAGUCAGAUGUCAGACGAUCGUGCAACGGCUAGCGGCAACCGGCGUUCAGAGAUAGACGAGCAGCUCCUCCUGAAAGAGUGGGAUUUCACCCGCUUCUUUCAGGGUUUUAACGAAAAGCUGGACAAAAUAAAACAGGAGCGCCCGCAAGAAGAGGUCGGCGCGAGCAAGUCCGGCAACGAGGAUCGUUCCUCUUCGUCUAGCGAAAGAACGUUGAAGCGACAGGAACAGUUAGCCCGACGGAAACACGAGCAACACCAACAACAACAACAACAACAACAACAUCAUCAUCAACAACAACAACAGCAACAACAACAUCAUCAAAAGCAACAGCAAUUGAAGCCGAUUCACAGGCGGCAAGAGAGUGACUCGAAAUUGGGCAAUGCCUCGAGCGCGUUCGCGCGCGCCUUCCGCCGCGAGAAUUCGGACUUUUUCCCGUCCGCGAGACACUCGGCGUACCUGCACAAGUCCUCGGACUCGUCGAGGUCCAGUAUAUUCGCCAGCGGCAAUCGGCGCGGCAGCGAGAUUAGCGUCGCCGGUAUUGUCGGUAAGAAAGGCAACGCCCUGAGCUCCGGCGAGCCGGUGCUGACGGACUUCUCGUUGAGACGCGACUGCCCGCAGAGGCCCAGGCGAGAAAAAACCGAGAGCGAGAUUGUCUUCGGUAGUAGGCACGAGGCGAGGAGGUACGCGGAUUUCGGACGCGAUAAAGACGAGAUCGCAAGAAGACGCAGUUGUAGACCCUCGGACGCCACUACGGCUUCUGCCGUAGUCGACGAUGCGGGAACGAUUAAGUCCACGGCCAGUACGACGGCCAGCGAGUACAGCCCCAUUGUCACCCAGAAUCGCGAGGGUGGUGAUCGUUCAAGAAGCGGAGGCGGAGGUGAUUUCCAGAGAUCCGACUCGUCACCAGGCUCACGGCCCAGUUCGGUCUUACCGGAUCUCCUGACUUCUUCGCCGGGUCAACGACAGGACAAGUCAACCAGUGAAGAGUAUCGACAAGCGGUUAAGUCACCUCCCCCGUUUGCGCUCCAACAGAAGCAGAGGUCUUUCUUGACUUUCGGAUUCGGGGCCGGCCCGGCGAGGAGAGAGUCGCACGUGAACGUUAACGUGACUCCGACCAGCCACGAUUUAGCGUCGGACACGCCCGAGAUACGCAAAUACAAGAAGCGUUUCAACAGCGAGAUACUCUGUGCCGCAUUGUGGGGAGUCAAUCUGUUAAUCGGCACCGAGAACGGCCUGAUGUUAUUAGACAGGAGCGGGCAAGGUAAGGUUUACCAAUUAAUCAGCAGAAGACGCUUUCAACAGAUGGAGGUACUCGAGGGCCAGAAUAUUCUUGUGACGAUCAGCGGCAAGAAAAAUCGGGUACGCGUCUAUUACCUCUCCUGGCUGAAGAGCAAGAUCCUGCGUACGGAUGGCCACAGCGACCAAGUCGAACGGCGCAACGGUUGGAUUAACGUGGGCGAUCUGCAGGGUGCUGUGCAUUUUAAGAUAGUGAAAUACGAGAGGAUAAAGUUCCUCGUGAUCGCGCUGAAAGAUUCCAUAGAGAUUUACGCGUGGGCGCCGAAGCCGUAUCACAAAUUUAUGGCUUUUAAGUCUUUCGGCGAGCUCGCGCACAGGCCGCUCUUGGUCGAUCUUACGGUCGAGGAGGGUACAAGGUUAAAGGUGAUUUACGGUAGUGCAGACGGCUUUCACGCGGUCGACUUGGACUCCGCCACGGUUUACGACAUAUAUCUACCGAAACAUACUCAAGGUCCCAUUUGCCCGCAUUGUAUAGUGGCGUUACCAAACAGCAAUGGCAUGCAGUUGCUCCUCUGCUACGAUAACGAGGGCGUAUACGUAAAUACGUACGGUAGGGUCUCGAAGACGAUGGUCCUUCAAUGGGGUGAGAUGCCCACCAGCGUCGCGUAUAUCGGUACGGGACAAAUUAUGGGCUGGGGAAACAAGGCGAUCGAGAUUAGAAGUGUCGAAAGCGGCCACCUCGACGGUGUCUUCAUGCACAAGAAGGCUCAACGGCUCAAGUUCCUCUGCGAACGUAACGAUAAGGUAUUCUUCUCGUCGGCGAAGGGCGGUAGUUCGUGCCAGAUUUACUUCAUGACUCUAAACAAACCGGGCAUGGCCAACUGGUGAUCCCGAAUGAGGCCGAAUCUGGCCCCAUCACGAUUACCUACGCGAACACAACCGUCGCACCACAACCCUCCACGUGUAUCGGGAUACACAGCGUCAGCGCGCACACUCACCGCUCGUUCUUCACUGCCAGGAUCCAGCGCCUUGGAGACCAGGAAGUGCGUGCAUCGUAUCCACAAUCCUUAUCAAUAUCACCAACUACAACAGCAGCAGCAGUAUCAUCAUUAUCAACAUCAGCAACAUCAAUAUCGUCAGCAUCGUUAUCAUUAUUCACGUAAUCUUUCGUACAGUUACGACUAUGAGGAAGACGAAGAGUACGAUGACAGAUUCCAACGGUACUCUCGGCUGCCUCACCUGCGAAGCGCACCUGGGACGUUAACGUUUGUGAAUCUACUCGUCAAAAGAUUUCUCUGUUUUCUCACUUGCUCGCCCUGCGGACUGCGCGGCGCGGCCUAAACGUGCUGAAAAGCAGAGAGCGGAUUCCCCUUCGGGAAGCGCGCACGGCGAAUUACAUUGCACGCUGGUAAAUCGUAUUACAAAAGUAUUCUCUAUACAUGUAUUAUUUCUCUCUUUUCAUUUUUAACAUAAAUUUAUCGCUUUAAUUAUACUACACUCUCUACCGAUAAGUCUGUUUGGUAUGUACACGUAAACUCUUAAUUCCCGAAGGAACCCUAAUGUUACGACAGAACAAAGUGUAUUUUACUGCGUCUGAUCGAAUAGGUAAUGACAUAAGAGUGUUUUAUACGGUGAAUAAUUUAGAACGACGUAAUAAAGCAUAAACUUUA